AUGGAAGCCAAUUCAUUGACCGGACAAGUUCCGGUGUGGUUUGGCGCUUUACCUCAGCUUGAGCGACUGAACCUUAGAAACAACACGCUCAGUGGAAAAAUUCCAGAGGAGUUUGGCAAUUGUUCUUCCCUGCAACUACUAUAUCUGUCGUUUAACCAGUUGACUGGCUCCAUUCCAUAUAUUAUCUUCAAUUUGUCAUCCAUUAGAGAGAUUCGGGCUUCGUACAAUUACCUCUCGGGUACGCUUCCAAGUGAUAUGUGCAACAAUCUACCGAACCUGACUUUGUUUGCGGUGUCGAGCAAUCAAUUGGAGGGCAGCAUUCCAUCAAAUAUAGGCAACUGCACAAAUCUUGAGGUCCUUUCGUUAUCCUUCAACCGUUUCAAUGAGGAAAUCCCAAGCGAAGUUGCAAAUUUGAGCAUGCUUAGGCUGUUGUAUCUGGCGAAAAAUGAGUUGAAAGGUACAUCAUCACAUUAA